GAUAGUUCCGACUCGGUAGAUCUGGAGCGCAUGUGGCCCCUAGAGUCCCCAAAUGAGGUUUCCUUUUUGCACAUUAAGCUAACAGCAUCAUCGCCAAAGGAGCCACAAGAGGUUCCCUCUGUGGCCUCUGAAGCGACAGGCAUUUGCCCUCCUGACCUCAGCUCAUCUGGGGAAAAGGAAAGACAAAUGCUACAAGAUGUAACAUGAUUUUAAUCAUAUUUUUGUAGUCUUUUUAUUGUCUUCUGUUUUAAAUGCCUCAUACCUUUUUAACCCUACUGCUCAUGGCCCUCACCAUCUCUACUAUCAAUGUCAGAAGUGUGAGGUCCACCAUUAGAGCACAGAGUAUUUUGUCCUUUUUAAAAUCUUUUAAGUCAGAUUUGUUUUUAUUACAAGAGUGUUCUCUGCCCUUUUUAACUAGGUACACAAAAAUGGAAGAGCUAUGGUCCGCAGGAGCCUCCAUAUGGAGCGGAUCAAAUUUUAACAAAAACGACGGAGUUGCGGUUUUAAUUAAUAAUCCUAACAUCUUGGUGAAGGGCAGCACUGUGGUGAGCCCCCCUCGGUGGUUCCUGGGGAAACUGGAGAGGGCGGUGUUUUACUUCCUGUGGGGGUCCAAGUGGGAGCGCCUGAAGAGGGAGACCAUCAAGAAAAGGCCGGAGAACGGAGGAAAAGGCCUCCCAGACCCCCACCUGUUUUUAGGCAGCCGCUUCACCGCCCUGCACAUUAGUUAUGCCACGACCCCAUCCAAAGAAAACAAGACGGCUGCAAUGGCGCGAUUUUGGAUGGGGUCUUACCUACGAACACUGAAAAUUUUACCAGUGGACUUGAAAACCCCAGUGUCUUUUAACUUGCCCAAAGAGACCGGGAACCGGUGAGUCCAGUUCCGGGCCUCACACCAAGUGAGGCCAAACCGGUUUGGCGGAACGCGGCUCACCCCGCUCUCCAGAACAGGCACAAGGACUUAUCGUGGAUGGUGGCUCAUGAGAUCUUCCCGGUCAGGGCGGUUAUGCACUCCAGAGGCAUGGCCAAAAACCCCAUCUGCCCGCGGUCCGGCUGCAAUUCUUCGGAGACCGUCCACCACCUGCUCUGGGAGUGCAGCACUGCGCGGGACCUGUGGGCCAAGACCGGCCCCCUGUAUUUCCCGUGCCUACCAGCGGGUGGGGCCCAGUUCGGGUACCAGCUCGCCAUCCUUGGGGUGGGCCGGGGCUUGAAGGACUUGACGGCACAGAAAUUUACCUCGCUCUGGCGCACCCUCAACGUCAUCAAGGAUGCCAUCUGGGCCACCAGAAACCUGCUGGUGGGGAAGCGCGUUACGGUAACCCUCCAUGCAUGCGAGCUAAAGGUAACAUCAAUGCUGCAGGGGUACCGGACGACGAUAUUCGGACGGGGGGGCCGGGGUCGCACGGAGAGGGUCCCGGCAGGCACCGACCCUGGCCGCCCGUAGAUGCACCCUCACCACUCUGGCUACGGGAACAGCGGGCCAGCGGACCGGAGGAGAGGGGAUCUCCGCUGAGUCCAUAAAGUAGCAUCUCAUGUCCCUGUUCUGGAGAGUGGGGUGAUGACCCACUUGAUAAGGACUCACCCCCGGUCUUGCACAAUAGAUGAUUUUUAAUUGGUGUUUUUUAUUGUUUUAUCAUGAAAGAGGUUUUAUUAACAUAUAUAUAAAUAUAUAUAUAUAUAUAUAUAUAUAUAUAUAUAUUCGAGGCUUGUUUGCUUUUUUUUAAAUUUGUAUUUUACUUUUGGAACUGACCGCACCUUUUAACCACACCUCAAUAAUGGACUUUUAAAAACAAGCAAAACACUGUGGUUUUAAUCAAAUGCUUUUUAACAAUGAUUGUUUCUUUCAUUUUACCAUGUGUAUUUAUUAUAUAUUAUAUUGCUUGUUUUAAUGUGUGAUUAAAAAGAAAAUGUUGUGUGAAAAAGAAAAAAUGCAAAUGGAAAAAAUGUAAAUGGUGACAAUAAAACUUUUUCGAAAG